AUGUCCACCCGCAACAUCAACGUUGUCGUCGUCGGCGUCUCCGUUGCUGGGCUUAAAGUCGCCAAGGCCAUCGCCGCGCUUUCCAAGCAAGGAUUCCCUAACCUCAGCGUCACAGCAAUCGACAAAAACGAAUACUUCUACCACGCCAUCGCCGCACCCCGCGCCACCGUCGACCUAGAAUUCGGCAAGAAGCUGUUCUUCCCCCUCGCCGAUAUCCUCCAGGAAUUCGAGCUUAACCCAGCAGAGCCCAAGCACAAGUUCAUCCAAACUACCCUGACCUCCAUCAACAAUGCCCAAAAGACUAUUCAGCUGAGUAAUGGACAGACUGUGGCCUUUGAUUAUUUGGUUUUAGCCACUGGUGCGAAAAACAAGAGCCCGGCGCAUUAUGAAGGAGCGACUGUGACGGAGGCACAUAGGAAUAUGGAGGAGACCUUUGGGAGCAUUAAGAAGGCCAAGGAUAUUCUUAUUAUUGGUGGCGGCGCUGUCGGUAUUGAGAUUGCGGGAGAAAUCGCCGCUGCAUAUAAGGACAAGAAAAUCACCUUGGUGCACUCUGCCGAGCGCCUGCUGCCAUUGAACUUUAAGCAUGGAAUUAGUAACGGUGCCGUGGAUAAGCUGCAGAGGUUGGGCGUUGAGGUUGUGCUUAAUGAGAAGAUCAAGAUCCCCGAGGACGUGCCCUUUAACUGCAGGGUGCGGCCUCUGACUUUGACCGGUACGUCCGGAAGGGAGUACGCUUCGGAUCUGCAGAUUCUGGCUACCGGAACUACCGUGCAUACGGAGUACAUGGAGUCACUGGAGGGCGAAUUGGGCGAGCAUUUGCGCAAUGAUUGGGGCGGAAUUAAAGUGCGCAAGACCCUGCAGGCGAACUCGAAAAGCCUGCCUAAUAUAUUUGUCCCCGGUGACUGUAAUGCUUUGCCGGCUGGUUACAAGUUUGCCUACUUGGUUGGCGCCAUGAGCACUGUGGUGGCUACUAACAUUAUUGCCAUGAUUAAUGCUGGAUUCGAUGAGGAUUCGACCAAGAAACCGACUUUGGUCGAGUACACUGGUGGCCCGAUGAAUAUUAUGUUUGUGCCUAUUGGCCCCAACUUGGGCGUGGCUCAGAUCAUGGGUAUUGCCUUUGGAAAGUCUUUCAUGGGCAACGUUUUGGCUGGUUUCAAGUCCAAGGACUACUUUUACGCAAGAUUGCUGCAGAGUGGCUGGCAAUGA